GACCAUGAGCUCUGGAAAUCCUCGGAUAAGAUCUGUCGACAGCUUAUCUACCACCUCACUCCACACUCCAAGCGAAAACCCCACAGGAAAACCCAGAGCAGCCUCAAGAGCAGCCUCCAGAAGACUCUGCUGGUAGGGGAGACGGUGGACCUUUCUGGCAUCCCGCUAUCGGUCCGGGAUGUGCAGCACAUAUCCCGCUACCUGGACAGUCGUGAUGUAGAGCUGGUGGUUCUAGACCUGAGCUUCACGGAGCUGAGCGAUGAGCUGUUGCAUCUGCUGCUUCCCAGCCUCUGGGCUCUGCCCCGCCUCACCCAGCUGCUGCUCAACGGUAAUAGGCUGACAAGAGCUGCUGCCCGGGAACUCACCGAGGCUAUCAAGGACGCCGCCAAGGUCCCCGUGUUGGCCUGGGUUGACCUGGGUAACAACGUGGAUGUGUCUUCGCUUCCCCAGCCCUUGCUGGUUGGCCUGCGAAGGCGACUGAGCCAGCACACCUCGCUUCCUACCAUCUACGAGGGCCUGGACCUCGAGCCUGGGAGCGGCAUGGCUGAGACCACUGCUGCCGUCUCCUCCUGGGGCUCUGCAGCCACUGAGGCAGGACCAGAGCCUCAGGGUUGUUGUGCCAGGUGACUUGCUACUGGUCUGGUUCAAUCCUAAUGACUGAGGUCUUUUAAGAACCAGGUAUUAGAGGCCAACGGUGUCCCUCAGAGAGACAGUGAAAAUGUUCAACUUGGGGUGGAGUGGGUGGAAGGAGACGGGUUUCAUGGGAGGCAGGCCAGGCAGCCCACACUAGGGGUUCCAUCUUGCCCAGCAAGAGGUACCUCAACACCCACAGCCCAGACCUUCCAGGAAAGGAUGCUAUUGCUUAUUUCAAAAGGCUUUAUGGACCACAGACUUCAGGCUCACUGAGCUCCAGGACUGCUGCAGAGGUAGGAAAACUCCACCUGCCCAGAGUAGGUAAACCACAGCCACGGUGAUGCUCCCUUAGUGCUCACGGGGAGGUCUCCAUGGAAACAAGAUGAAGAGUUCAGUGGUGUGGGUUCAGUGGUGUGGGGCUCAGGAGUUAGAGGGGAGACCUGACCUUAGGAGCAGGGUUUGAGCUUCAGGGGAGCAGGUUGGGAGUCACAGACAGGAAGAACUCCGUAUGGAACCCGAGAGCAGAUGCAAUCAGGGCCCGUCAGUGUGCUUGGGGCUGGGGGACAAGGCUCCCACACCAAAGGCAAGGCCAUCGACUCUGUCUCCCGUGGGACACAGCACUGGCCACUCUCCCAACCUCCAGUCCCCACGCUUCCUGUGUAGGCUGACUGAGUAUCCUGGCAGGGUGAAGAGAUGCAUCUGGCUGGAGACAAGGAGCUGUAGUGUCUCCUUUGGUUUGGGGAUCACACACAGGAUGUAAGGGGGUGGAGGUGGGCCCAGCUAGCAUCAGGAGUUCUCAGGGCAGAACAGACCUAAUGGUAUCUCUCCAGGGCGCUACUGUCUUCCUUUCCAGAAUCCCUCAAGGUGGCCUUCCAACUAGAAGCCUGACGUCUGGUCACCCUCCCUGACCCAUUUAGGAAACUAGAGUUUUUUAGCCCAACUGGUAAACAGGCAGGGCAAGUGUGGGAGGGACUCAGAGAAGAGCAGGGUAGGAAAGCCACUGGCCUAAGGCCUCUGAGUAGAGCCAAGACUUAAGGCCUGGUGACAGUGGAGAGAGACCCAGUAACAGAGGGCAGUCUCAGGGUCAAGGUAAAGGCUGGGGUCACCCUGGACCUGUGUGCCUAUGGCCCACUAGUUCUGACCACCCCUUCCCCCCGACCCCGGUCUAACGCCAAGGGGACUAUGGACAGUACAUCCAGGACCCCAUGAAACAUCAGUGGCAGUACAUCCCCAGCCCAGUGUGCCCAAGGAGAGAAAGAGCUCGAUUAUAUCAGCUCCCAGGCCUGGGAAAGGAGACAGCUGAGAAAAACCAUUAUUCCCUCAUGCUCUACCGCUUUAGACAAACGCUUAUCAAGACACCGUGAGAAGGGCACAGGACCGCUGGCUCUGCGCUGUACUUGCUGGGGGACCAGGCCAGGUCUUCCGGUAAUUUAUGAAGUUGAGUCUGGGACCCAACUUCCCCCUCUCUGUUAUCUAGAACUUGCUGUCCCGGAUCCUGGCACUCAGUGCUUCAUCUUGAAUGACUUCCCACUCCCCGACCCCCCCCCC